AUGUACGAAGGGAUUGACAACUUGAAAUCCUUUUACGACCGUGCCGGGAAGACUUUCUCCGGCGGUCCUUCUGCGGCACAGGAUGUGCCGCGUCGUGCUGCUCAACCAGAACCAGUACGUCGAUCAUCAGUUGGGAGCGGGGCUCCCAAGAAUCCCAGGACAGGGGAUAGCCGAGCCACCGGACGAGAUAACUCGUCCGACGUCCGUUCACGUCGCGGUGGUUCAACAGCCGCUCAACUAGAUAGCGCUGGCCACCGCGAGAGUCCUCUAAUGGAGGUGGAGGAGGAGGAAAGACGCUCUCCACACGAUCAUGGGGAUCCGUGUGUUCCCGAGAGCUUCUUUGAUCGCGUAACGCAAGGGUUACGCGACGAUCUCGAACAUGAGCGGAAUAGGCGUCUCCAAAUGGCGGACACUGCCUUGAAGCAUCGAGCUGAGUUUGCCUUUGCUCAGCUUGAGAACGAGAGAUCUCUGACAUCUCUCCGUGACGAGCUAAGGGUAGCUCGUGGGAUUGUUGAUCGGUCUCGGGAUGAGAUAGCUGCUCUUCAGACCCUUGUGGAUGCCCACCAUCGGGAGCACAAGGCUCUCUGCUAG